GAUCAACCAAGACACACUUGCCACAAUUCAAGCCAUCUCAGCUCCAAGAUAGACAUCAAAUGAGCAAGUACCAUGGCAGGAGAUCAAAAAGGAGAACUCACUAAGGAUGAAAAGCUUUUACUUAAGGCUAUGAGUGCUCAGAUGCAGGAGAAGAUGAAAGCCAGCCUUGAUAAAUUCCGGCAUGAGUUGAGACAGGAACUCCAACAAGCUACUGGUCAGAGUUUUGAGUCUAGAAGCAGUGAGAUGAGACAAAGACGUGGGCAUGAAGGCCGAAGCAAUCACAAAGAUAAAUUGGCUGAUCAAAAGCUAAAAAUCCCUCCUUUCUAUGGUGAUGAUGACCCUGCUGCAUACGUGGAGUGGGAAGAGAAGAUGGAGUUGAUUUUUAACUGUCAACACUCUGCUGAAAGAAAGAAGGUUCAAAUGGCUACUGCUGAGUUUUAUGGUUAUGCUUCAAGCUGGUGGAAUCAAUUGGUGUCAUCUAGGAGACACUAUGGAAAAGAACCUGUUGCAACCUGGCUCAAAUUGAGGGCUUUGAUGCGUCAUAAGUAUGUUCCAAGACAGUACCACAAGGAAGUGCUUCAAAAACAGUCUGAAACAAAGCCAUGCUCUUCAAACUCAGUCCAGGAACAACAAGGCAGAAUGAGAUCAAGUUCAACAAGUGUUAUUGGUUUACCUAGCAAGACAACGAGCUGGUUUAGUGAGGAGGACAUAAAGAAGCUGUCUCAGGUGAUUAUGGAUGUGGAGAAACAAUUCAGGGAUACCCAUACUACACGUCCAUCCUUAGAAGAACAGAACCAGGAGUUAAUCACUUCAGUCUCAGAACUUAAUUCAGCAGAGCCGGUAUCAACUACCUCUAUUCAAGGAGAUCAAGCCAAAGAAUCAUCAGUUGCCAUUCAGAAAGAUGAGCAGCCUGUUCAGAACGUCAUGGUUCCUUUCAAACAAGCCAUAGUACCAGAAGAGACACCCAGGGAACCACAGACAGCUUGCAAAAAGGGACAACUGAUUGUCUUUGAUCCGUGUGAUCUCCAAAAGACAUUCUUGGAUACUUUUCUGAUCCAUCUCUUUGUCUGGAACAAGACCAGAGCAGUAGAGCUUUCAAGACACGAACUGGGCAUGGAACAUGUUGUAUUUGAGCCUGGAGGAGAUCUGUGGAAUCACAGGAACAAUCCCAUAGUGAUUGAGAAGAAAUCGGCAGCAACAACAAUUGUUUUUGGUGAUCUUUUACCAUCUGAAGUUAAAGGGAUGCACGUCUCAGCUCAGCAAGAGUUUCACUACGAAACCAAUUGGAGAAUGUUACCCACUCUUUCCUGGAUCCAACAAACCAGACAACGCAAUUGGGCUGGAAGAUUACAGAUCUACUUGUGGAAACCUGGAGCAUAUGACAGCAUACUUAUCUGAAAGAUUAAGAGAAUGAAAUGAUUUAGAGAAGAUUAAGGAACAGAAUGAGAGAUUAUGAAGAGAUUAGACUAGAAUCAUGAUUAAGAGAGUAUGAACUUAGAGAGAUAAACUCAGAACUGUAUGAUUUAUUAUUAAUGACAAGAGU